CAAGCACCUAUAAAAGGUUGGAGACGUCUGCAGAGAGGAGCAGAAAAGCUACAAGUCUGAAGAAGGUUGUUGUUCUGAUACUAGCGUUCGGCCUCUGUCAGUCUCAUCCUAGAACUGAUGAGGACAAUGACAAAGUAUCUCAGUGUGAAGGCUCAGCCAGCUGCUGUAACAUCUGCUCUCCCACGUCUGUAACUCAAAAAAUGGGAGAGCUGGGGGAGAAAGUUGCGAACUUAUCAGAAAAAAUAACUUUUCUGGAGACCAGGCUGCAACACGCUGAAAAAGAAGUCUUGGAGUUACGGAGUCUCACUGGAAGCACUCCUCAGGUGGUUUUCUCUGCAGCUCUCAGGAAUUCUGGCUCUGGAAACACGGGACCUUUUAACACUGCUACCCCACUGCAGUAUGCAAAGGUUUUCUCCAACACUGGCAAUAGCUAUAAUCCUUCAACAGGGAUUUUCACAGCAAUGAUCAGUGGAAUGUACUUCUUUCGGUUCUCAAUGUUCAACAACCUGGCUCCUACUCCCAACUCGGUUGUGAGCCUCAUGAAGAACAAUGAGCGGCUGACGUCUGUGUGGGACACCAACGAGACUGACAGUAACGACAUGGGCAGCAACGCCGUGGUCAUCCCUCUGAAAGUGGGAGAUAACGUGUACGUGCAGCUGGAGCGAAACAGGGUCGUCUAUGAUGACGGGAUGAACUACAACACAUUCAGCGGCUUCCUGCUUUUCCCCAUGUGAGGCAAACAACACGCCUUCAUGCCAGCAUGAUUCUUUAUUUUACAGUAAAGUAAGUUUCUUUUAUCCAAGUUCCAAAUUAGUAUGAUAUGUAGAAGAUGUUUAAAAAAUAAAUCAGAAUUACUUCACUUUGA